AGAGACGCAGAGCGGUCAAACUCUCUCCAACUACUGGACGAGUUUUCUGGUGGAAUUUGUGCCUGUGCUUGGAGUAUUUCAUACAAAUGUUUUGCCGAGGUUUUUUUUUUUUUAUUUGUUUGUUUUGGAACCUAUAUUGUACGUCCUGCCAAGCAACAGAUUGUGCUGUUGCGAUGUUAUGAUAGCUAGCUGUCGUUAGCAGGCUUAGCUAACGCUAGCCGAAUGGCUGAAAGCGAUAAUUAGCUAACAAGCGGUUUCGCACGUUGCUUAAAUUUGGAAAGACGGACACUUCUUUAGCUCCUAUCGCGGUCGGUGUGGUUGCUCCAGUGAGGGCGAUCUGCUCUUGGGAAUGUAAUUGGGACACCAAGUGGAUUGCUCGUCGUUCCUUUAGAAAUCAUCUGGUGUUUUUUUUUUUUUUUUCCCGCUCCUUCCCAUCCAAUACUAUGCACACCGUCACAGCAGACAUGGGUCGAUGCUGCAUAGCUUCCUCGUCUUUGCAUGUGGGCUUAUCUGCAGAUUUUAGUGAGGAGCAGCUGUGACUGGAUGCCUGGAUGUGGUACAGUCUUGUAUCUUUUUUUUAUUUGGAUCUGAUAAAACAUUAACAGUGCUACUAAACAGGAUGGAUAUGUUGAGAUACGCAUAAACGUUCUUGUGAAUUUGUGCUGAGGAAGACACCCAGAACAGGAUAGAUCCAUUGAAACUAUCCCUUCCCAAAGAACCAUGGCUUCGGUUUGGAAGCGGCUGCAACGUGUGGGGAAGCAUGCAUCUAAAUUCCAGUUUGUGGCUUCCUAUCAGGAACUGAUGGUGGAAUGCACAAAGAAAUGGCAACCAGACAAACUGGUGGUCGUUUGGACACGCAGGAGCCGGCGAAAAUCCUCCAAGUCCCAUAGCUGGCAGCCUGGCAUCAAGAACCCCUACAGAGGUGUGGUGGUGUGGCCGGUCCCAGAGAACAUUGAGAUCACAGUCACUCUGUUUAAGGAUCCCCAUGCAGAGGAGUUUGAAGACAAAGAGUGGACAUUUGUCAUUGAAAAUGAGUCUUCAUCAGGUCGAAGAAAGGCAUUGGCAACCAGCAGUAUAAAUAUGAAACAGUAUGCGAGCCCUAUGCCGACACAGACGGAUGUGAAACUUAAGUUUAAGCCCCUCUCAAAAAAGGUGGUGUCGGCCACUCUACAGUUCUCCCUCUCGUGCAUCUUCCUCCGUGAGGGAAAGGCCACUGAUGAGGACAUGCAGAGUCUGGCCAGUCUGAUGAGCAUGAAGCAGGCGGACAUCGGGAACUUGGAUGACUUCGAGGAGGAGAAUGAAGAGGAUGAGGAGAACAGAGUUAACCAAGAGGAGAAAGCCGCCAAGAUCACAGAGAUAGUAAACCAGUUGAAUGCCCUCAGCUGCUUACAUGGGGAUGAUGAUGAUGAUGGUAUCACUAAGCGCGCACGCAAAGCAACCGUUAAGCCUGCCGCUACCUCCCAAGAGCUGAUCAGCAAGCUGAACUUCCUGGAAGACGAAGAUCAGGAAACUCCUCCCUUAAUGAACAUGAAUCCCUUUGAUGAGCUUGAUGAUGACCUUCAGGAUCCCAGCGACCUCAACCCAUUUAGCAAUCCCGAUGAAGUGCCUCCUGCCCACCAGGAUGAUGAGGAUUCUUUCAUUGACCACGACUCAUCAAAUCCAUUCAAUGAGCCAGAAGAACCAGACACACACACAUCGCCGGGUAACCCCUUUGAUGAGCUGGAUCAGGACCCAGAAUCACAACCAGACCCAGAACCCCCCAAACCCAGGCAAAGAAAAGGGGCACGACCAGUUGACAUGAGCAAGUACUUGUAUGCUUCCCAUAAUGAGGAGGAGGAGCUUGAUGAAUCUAACCCAUUCUACGAGCCAAGGACAUCAAGCCCUGCACAUCCCCCCACCGGGGGCCCCUCUGUAGAUGUGGGCAGCAGCCAGAAAAGGAGGGCUCCCCCACCCCCAAGUUCCCACUCUGGCAUUGGCCCCAGUCCGACAGCUCCCAAAGUCAUCUCUGUUCCAGGCACAGAGCCAGCCCAGGCAGUCGGACCGAGCCCAGUGGCAGCAGUCAUGGGGAGAGAACUGGUUUCCUCUUCCCCAAAGCCCAGCCCUGUCCCAAGCCCGGUGCUGGGUGGGAAGCCCAAUGCCAGCCAGUCUUUGCUGGUCUGGUGCCGUGAGGUCACAAAGAACUACCGUGGGGUGAAGAUCACCAACUUCACCACCUCUUGGAGGAAUGGACUGGCCUUCUGCGCCCUGCUUCACCACUUCAGACCUGACGUAAUAGACUACAAGUCGCUCAAUCCUCAGGAUAUUAAAGAAAACAACAAAAAGGCUUAUGAUGGCUUUGCCAGCCUGGGCAUCUCUCGUCUUCUGGAACCAUCAGACAUGGUACUGUUAGCCAUUCCUGACAAACUGACAGUAAUGACGUAUCUGUACCAGAUCCGGGCGCACUUCUCCGGGGAGGAACUCAAUGUGGUGCAGAUAGAGGCCAACAGCAACCGCAGCACCUACAAAGUUGGUGACUUUGAGACUGAUACCAACUCCUCCAUAGGCCAGGACAAGUUCUACGCUGAACUCAAUGAUGUCCAGCAUCGCCAGGCUACGACUCAGCCUGUUACAUCUUCUGGUAGUGAUUCUAUCACCUCUACAGCUGCUGAAGAAGAGGGAAUGGAACCAGGAUCAAAGUCUGACAUAGGAAUGGUUUCAACCUGCUUGCCAUCGAUACCACCUUUAUCGUCACCUCCUGUCCCUUCGCCGCGCACGACUUUGUCCAUUUCAGCAGCAGGUUCUGCCGCUACACCACUCCAAGGAUCCAAUACGACACCCUCAGACUCUGAAGACAGGGGGAAACUUCUCAAAUCUGACACCUUAGACCUUAGUGAGUUACCGCAGAGAGUGGAGAGAGAGAUGGAGAUGGUAAGACAGCAGAAGGAUGAAGGACCAGAUAGAAAAGAAGAAGGUAUAGAAUCCGAGUCCCUCAACAGGAAAACAGCCUCUUCCUCCUCCUCUCCACCUCAUCAGAAACUGGGCUUCUCAUAUAACAGAGACGCUGACCUCAUCAAGAAGAAGAGGGCUAGUUUGCGUCACUCUGAAUCUGAGCCCGCUUCUGACACAACAACCCCCCCUGUCAACCAUACAGACACGUCCCAAAAACAGGAGCCAACACCUGCCCCUGUAUCCAGUCCCCCAGCUGAGAAGAAGGUUCUGAGUCGUCAGGAAGAGCUGAAGGAGAGAGCCAGACUUCUCCUGGAGCAGGCUCGCAGAGAUGCUGCAAUGAAAGCCAGCAACAAGAACGCCACCAACUCCACUGUCACUGGGCACACCAAGGCCACAAACAUCUGUGAUGAGCGUGAUGCAGAGCGGCGAAGACAGCUGAGAAGCGAGCCAGGCAAACUGAUCGCCGAGGCUCGAUCCGGAGUCAAAAUGUCUGACAUGAGCCUGCUGGAUGCCAAAAGCACCAAGACUACCCCUGCUGGAGACAUUUUGGAUGGAGUGAGUUGUCACCAUGAGGGUGAUGGCGCUGAUGGUGAGAGGCGUGAGGAUGAGCAGCUCCAUUAUGAUGGUGGUGGUGAUAAUCUCGCUGAUGUCACAUCUGCGUCUGCCCUGGCUAAGGCGCUGCCACUGGAUCUCAACUUUCCAACCACUUCCAGCACCCAGGGGCCCCUGGAGCUUAAUACCCAUAGCUCUGAGCUAAACUCUCUGGGUACAAACAGUAAGCACAUGGACCUGAAGCUGAAGAAGCUGGUCGAGCUGAGACCAGGUGGAGUCACCUCUCCUCCUCCUUCCUCCACCUCCUCGUCUUCCUCACCGUCUGCCUCUUCCACCUCUCCACUCAGGCCCUCAGCUGGUCUGUCUGCUUCUGCUGAGGAGUUGCGAGCAGAGCGUCUGCGCAGGGCGACGGAGAGGUUGCGUAGCCCGGUCGUCUUCAACAAGGACUCUGCAGUCAGGAAAACACAGCUGAAGUCUUUCAGCCAAUAUGUGGAGAGCAGACCAGAAAUGAGAAGACAGAAGUCUGUUCCUGAGGAUGUGAAAACAGCUGAGGAGAGAGGAUCCCCAACAGAUGGAGAUGUUCGAAGGCCUUUUGAAGAGGAAAAGGCGUUCAAAGACACCAGUCAGUAUGUGGUUGGGGAGCUGUCUGCACUGGAGAGCGAGCAGCGGCACAUAGACACCCGAGCAGCUCGCGUGGAGAAGAGGCUGCGCUAUCUCAUGGACACAGGUAAUAACAAGGAGGAAGAGGAGGCCAUGAUGCAGGAGUGGUUCAUGUUGGUGAACAAGAAGAACGCCCUCAUCAGAAGACAGAACCAGCUCUCUCUGCUGGAAAAAGAGCAUGAUCUAGAGAGGCGCUUCGAACUGCUGAACAGAGAGCUGAGAGCCAUGUUGGCCAUCGAGGACUGGCAGAAGACGGAGGCGCAGAAGAGGCGCGAGCAGCUGCUGCUGGACGAGCUCGUCAUUCUGGUCAACAAGAGAGACGCGCUGGUCCGAGACCUGGACGCCCAGGAGAAAGAGGCCGAAGAGGAGGACGAGCACCUGGAGAGGACGCUGGAGCAGAACAAAGGCAAGAUGGCCAAGAAAGAGGAGAAGUGCGUCCUUCAGUGAAUGUCAGCGAAAAA